AUGCGCAGCCUCUCCACUUCACCCGAUCGCCUAUUCCGCCGGAUGUUGAUGUUGUCCAUUUCCUGCAGAACGGCCUCGGCGGUGCUUCGAGGACACAGAAACAGAGGCCCCUGUGGCGCAGUGGGGAAAUAUGCCCUGAGUAGCAAGCUGCCACAAGCUGGCUGCAUCCCGGCCUGGGACCAGAGUAGUGAUGCAGGACGCCUGUCCGUGAGCAUCAUGUAUGUCCCCUUCUCCAGCCAGUGGCCGACCUCUGCUUCCUGUUCCUGCUACUCCCAUCACCGGGAAGGCAGCGUGGGUCGCUGGGCCCAAGCCCAGGAGCCGAUCCAUUGGGCAGCCUCCCCUCAGAGGAUUGAGGAGUGUGUGCUCUCAGGGAAGAACAGCAAUGGGGAAUGUGGGAACUUCAUUCGACUCAUCCAGCCCUGGAAUCGUACCCAUCUGUAUGUGUGUGGGACAGGCGCCUACAACCCUGUGUGUACCUAUGUCAAUCGAGGGCGCAAGGCACAGGAUUAUAUAUUCUACUUGGAGCCAGAGAAGCUGGAGUCGGGAAAGGGCAAGUGUCCUUACGACCCCAAGGUGGACAGUGUCUCCGCCCUGAUCAAUGAGGAAUUAUAUGCUGGUGUCUACAUAGACUUCAUGGGCACGGACGCAGCCAUCUUCCGGACCCUGGGCAAACAGACGGCCAUGAGGACGGACCAGUAUAACUCUCGCUGGCUCAACGAUCCCUCCUUCGUGCAUGCCCAGCUCAUCCCGGACAGUGCCGAGCGGAACGACGACAAGCUCUAUUUCUUCUUCCGAGAGAAGUCCACAGAGGCACCCCAAAGCCCGGCUGUCUAUGCCCGAAUCGGCCGUAUCUGCCUGAAUGAUGACGGGGGUCACUGCUGCCUCGUAAACAAAUGGAGCACCUUCCUGAAGGCGCGACUCAUCUGCUCUGUCCCUGGCCCCGAUGGCAUCGAGACCCACUUUGAUGAACUGCAGGACGUGUUUGUGCAGCAGACCCAGGAUGUGAAGAACCCCGUCAUCUAUGCCGUCUUCACAUCCUCCGGCUCGGUGUUCAGGGGCUCUGCGGUCUGUGUGUACUCCAUGGCCGACAUCCGCAUGGUCUUCAAUGGGCCCUUUGCCCACAAAGAGGGGCCCAACUACCAGUGGAUGCCUUUUACGGGCAAGAUGCCCUAUCCUCGGCCUGGCACCUGUCCAGGCGGGACCUUCACGCCCUCCAUGAAGUCCACCAAGGACUACCCGGACGAGGUCAUUAACUUCAUGCGGACCCACCCGCUGAUGUUCAACGCGGUGUACCCGCUGCAGCGCCGGCCCCUGGUGGUCAGGACCAACGCUCGCUACCGCUUCACCACCAUCGCCGUGGAUCAGGUGGACGCGGCCGACGGGCGCUAUGAGGUGCUUUUCCUGGGCACAGACCGAGGCACUGUGCAGAAAGUCAUCGUACUGCCCAAGGACGACAUGGAGACCGAGGAGCUCAUGCUGGAGGAGGUCGAAGUUUUCAAGGUUCCAGCCCCCAUUAAGACAAUGACCAUCUCCUCCAAGAGGCAACAACUGUAUGUGGCCUCUGCCGUGGGGGUAACUCACCUGGGCCUGCAUCGCUGCCAUACCUACGGAGCUGCCUGCGCUGACUGCUGCCUUGCCAGGGAUCCCUAUUGUGCCUGGGAUGGCAAAUUCUGCUCCCGUUACUCAGCUUCCUCCAAAAGACGUAGCCGUCGCCAAGACAUCCGCCACGGCAACCCCAUCCGCCAGUGUAGAGGUUUCAAUUCCAAUGUCAAUAAGAACACCGUGGAGUCGGUGCAGUAUGGGGUUGAGGGCAGCGCUGCCUUCCUGGAGUGUCAGCCGCGAUCCCCGCAAGCCACCAUCAAGUGGCUUUUCCAAAGAGAUGCCAGUGACCGGAGAAAGGAGCUUCGGUCGGAGGACCGCACGCUGCGGACAGAGCCCGGCCUGCUCCUUCGAGCCCUUCAGCUGAGCGACGCCGGCCUCUACACCUGCACGGCCACCGAGAACAACUUCAAGCACGUGGUCACGCGUGUCCAGGUGCACGUCCUCAGUCGGGAAGCCGUCCAUGCGGUGCUCUUCCCGCCGGGGGCCGCCAUCGCCGCCCUGCAGCCCCCCGGCGCUGACCCUGCGACGGCCAGCCUCAGGCCCCCUACGCCCCCCUACCAGGAGCUGGCCCAGCUCCUGGCCCAGCCCGAAAUGGGACUCAUCAACCAGUACUGUCAGGGAUACUGGCGCCAUGCGCCCCCAAACCACAAAGAGGCCCCGGGGGGGCUCAAGACCCCCGAGCUCCCGGACCAGAAAAAGCCUCGAAACCGUCGGAAUCACCAGCCGGACACAUGAAACCACCAUUGCUGCUGCCCAGCCCCUUGCAACCUUGAGGGGGCCAUAAACUAUCUCAUCACAUCUCUAUUUUCCCAGCAUCCCUCACCCCCCGGGCCAUUACCCCC